AUGAGCCCCACUGACACCAAAGAGGAGGAGGAGGAGGAUUCGUCCCCCAUCACGCCUCAGAAGCCUCCCGCCAGCCCCAGCCUGGCGACCCAGAAGCCUCCCGCCAGCCCCAGCCUGGCACUUGUGGCGCCUCCUCCCAGCCCAGAGCAGGAGUUCAGUGACACCACCAGCUCCGUAUUCUCCUGCAGGGCCAGCAGCUCCUCCGUGGCGUCUGGGAGCCCUGUGUUUCAAGGCUCCGUCUUUGGAGCCUCGCUCCAGGUCCUCCAGCCACCUGCUCCAGCCCUGCCUCCUCCUCCUCGUGCUCUUCCCCGACACCGGCAAUUUCGACCACCCGGCUUCGACCUCCGGCGCAGAUAUGGACUCUGGCUCCGGAUGUGCCUGCACAUAGUCAACACCUGGCUGCAGUAGACAGGCCCCACCAUAAAUCAAAGCCUAGCCCUGCCCCAUGACCCCUUAGUCCCUCCCACCUGU